AAAUAUUUGUUGUGGUUUAGUAACAGCAGCAAGUGUUGGAUCGAAUCGAUUCUUGAAGUCUGGUAACGAGAGUCGAAGCUAGAGGACGCGGGGAAAGCUCGAAUUGCGCCAAGGAAGUAGAUUUUCAGGGCUUGCCAUCUUAAAAGGGAUUCCUGUUUCAAAUUUUGUGCAUUUUCAGUUGAUGGUAGUAUGGCUGCAGCUCUUGAUGCUUGUGAGAAGGAUCUGCAAAUCUUGCUUGUAAAGAUAGACAAUGUGAAAAGUUUCUUGUUGGAUGCAGUCAAUGCAGUCAAGAAGGCCAAAUCAUCUAUAAAUGAGCUGCCACCAGCAGUUAUUCAAAAUGAAGAUGUCAACAAAGUCUUUGCAGCAAUUACAGAGCAGAUGCAGUUUCUUAUGACAGUCCAAGCUCCUACAGAGGAAACCCUGAUAGAAGAGAAAACUGUGCAUGCUGCAGAGGAAGUCAGGCAAAAUGAGGAAACAGUGGAGGAAGUCAGACAAAAAGAGGAAACAGUUGAAGAAAACAGACAAGAGGAAACAGAGGAAACCAGACAAAAAGAGGGAAUAGAGAAGGAAUGCAUACAAAAAGAGGGAACAGUGGAGGAAAUCAGACAAGAGGAAACAGAGGAAACCAGACAAAAAGAGGAAACAGUGGAGGAAGUCAGACAAGAGGAAACAGAGGAAACCAGACAAAAAGAGGGAAUAGAGAAGACAUGCAUACAAAAAGAAGGAACAUUGGAAGAAGUCAAACAAAAAGAGGAAACAGUGGAGGAAGUCAGACAAAAAGUGGGAAUAGAGAAGGAAAGCAGACAAAAAGAGGAAGCAGAGGAAAGCAAGGAAAAUGAAGCAGCACCGUUAACUGACGACAGCAAUGCGCCUAUUGCAGAGGGAUCGAUAGAAGAGAGUCAGACAGACUCCCAGGAAACAGAAAUGAAGGGAGUAAAACAGACCAGUGAAGAAGCUGAUUUGAAGCAGCAAUCCGAAGAAUCGCUAGAAACACUUAAACCCUGGACAGAGAGAGGAGAACUAUACAUGCGAGUAACGAGUCCUCUGCUAAAGGACGGAACCUUUUGGUGUGUUCAAGAGUAUGGUGUUAAUGUUGAACUUUUGAAUACCAUCUCUCAAAAGCUAAGAAUGGAAACUAUGCACAAUAGAGAUCUAUGGAAAUGUGAUGUUCGCAACAAGGAUCAGGUAUUUUGCGUUCUUUCCAAGGUGCACAAUAUGUGGCUUAGAGCUAUCAUCGAGAAAGAAUUGUCAGAGUCUGAUGUCGUAUUACGCUACAUUGAUACUGGCAAGACAGAAAAAGUGCAGAAAAGCAGAUUAAACCGUUUGCCUGACAACCUUAAAGACAUCCAGCCACUUACCCUUCGUUGCUGCUUCACGAGAGAUCCAAUUAAAGUUCCAUAUGAGGUUAAAUGGACAUUUAAAGAUAUAACUGACAAGCAUACACUGGCUUUGAAUGUCGAGGACGAAGUUCGUGGUUCAUGCCUGCCCCGGUAUAUCGUGUCGCUGAAAAGAAACGAGGAAAAUGCAGAGGAUAUUAAAGAUAUCAUUUGCAAAGAAUUGAAAGAAAGUGGGAGACAAAAGGUUUCUACUCUGCUAAGCCAAGAUGUUAGGCUUUAUGGAGAAAACUCAAAUCAGAAAGAUAAAAUCGCGGUUAUUAGAGAUGUGCAUCGCUCGGAUAACAAGAACGAAGAGAAAAAGCAAGACUCGGAUACAGAGAAGGAAAUGCUCGAUAAAGUGGAAGGAGAAACUGAAUCAAGAGAGGAAGUCGAAAAUGGUCAGUCAGAGGCGACACAAAAAUUAGGCGGAGAAAAGAAAGGAGAACCAGAAAUCAUCGUCGGAAUGGAAAAUACCGAGAAAGGAGACUUGAAGACAGCAGAAAAGAAGGAAGGAACAGAGAAAAAGAAAUUAAAGGAAGUGGACAAAAUCGACGUUAAUGUUAGUGGCUCGUUAGAAGGAUUAUCCUGGGGAGAUCUUUGCAAAACACCGGACGCAAACAAUCAAGAAGAGAAAACAUUUUUGCCGGUGGAUGACUUCGAAUCUAUUUCAGAUGGCGAAAGAAAAUCACCAAUUGGAGGCGAGAAAUUGGCAGUCAGUGGAUCGAAACCAGGAAUCGACGAGGCAAAGCCUGAUUCAAGUGCUGGGCUUAAUGAAACUCGUCACCAUGUGGAAUCUACAGGGGUUUUAAAGGAAGAAGAAAAAUUGCAAAAUGAAGAUAAACUUGUUGUAAGCAUGCAGUCUGCCGAUGUAGGUAAUGAGAAGAUUGAAGAGAGUUAUGAGUCGGGUGGUAUUGGAAGUGCGGUAGAUGGAUCAUUAAAAGGCAGGGAAGAGGAACAUGAAAUUCCAAAAGCUGAUUCUACUGAGAUAGACAUGGUACGCCGGUCAGAAGAAGUGAUCAAAGAAAGACUGCGCGCUGUUUGCCAAAAGUCAAGCUCUACAACAACAGAAGUUGCGGAGGAGAAAAACCUUUCUGGAAUUAACGAGACGGAAAUAUAUCAGAAAAAUGUUAGCAAACAAACUGGAGAUUCGAGAAAAGUAUCAGAUUCUGCAAAAAGUGAUGGAGGUGUUGGUUAUACGCUGAUCAGAGGUGAAGAUGUACCAAAAAAGCGUGAAGCAAAAAGUGAAUCCGACAGUUAUACUAACCAAGGAGGACGGGAUGUAGAUAAUGUUAAAAACCCGACCAAUCGGACUGUUUCGAAUAAAGGCUUUGAUAAAAGGACGGACCAUGGUUUUGGUAAUAAAAUUGACCGGAGAAGACGCACUCGUGAAAUCGUUGAAAAAGAAGACUUAUUCACUCAGUCAGAGAGUGACAGAAACAACUGGUUGAAAAAUCUUGACCGUGGCUUGCGCCAUGCGGUAUUCGAUAGCCACAAUACACGGUACUUUGUCAAGCUAUAUGAUAGUAGAUUUAUCGAGGAUGCAUACAGAACAAGUCGAUUUCAAAAUUUUAUUUUUACUGAUUUUAACAAUGCUCUUGAGAAUAUCAGAAAAAAGCCGGUGGUGCUUUUUAUAUUACGAAGAGCCGCUGACGAUACCAAGCGUUUAUGUGCUGUUGCCCUCGUCACUUCUUGUGCUUAUAGAUUCCCUGUUCCUGGUAAGGGCGGUAGCCGUAAAGAAAUGGAACUUUUCGAUGUGGAUUUCCUUUGCAAAGCGGCUAUGCGUACCAAAUGGCUCCACUCGCAGCGCGGAGUAGAAGAAAUCGAGAGAGAAAAGGCCGUUAAAAUUGUAGAGCAGUACAGAGCUGCUAUACAACAGGGAAAUGUGGAAAAGUUGCUGGACGAAUGGCAUACAAAGAGGGAGCAAACUGCACCACGUUUUGCAGGCCAGGCAUCGCAUGCUCGGUUGUGGAAGCCACAUCAAGAAAAGGAGCACGAAAGCAAACGAAUGCCAGAAAGAGAUGCAAUGAAAACCGGACGAUCAUUGAAUGGCCACGCACACAAGGAACAUGUCGACCAGAAUGAGAGAGAUGUGCCAUUGUCUCUAAAAGCAGGCGGUGAACAGUCUAGGGAUGAGCAAGAAGCAAGCUCAAACUUUCUAACCGAGCCAACUGAGCUCUGGUCUCCAACCCCACUGACAGAAAAACAAUUAUGGACACUAGAUGGACCUGUUGAAAAGAAAAAUCCUGGUGGGAAGGACGAUGCUCAAAAUGACGGCGAUGGUCGUGACGCACCCGCGGCUAAUCAGCAGCUCUCUCAUCAACUACCAGGUACAUUCCACGGUCAACAGCAACCGUUUACACAGCAACAACAGCUUCAAUAUGUCUAUCAACUUCAGCAACAAGAACUGCUGCAUCAACAACAUUUGCAACAACAGCAACAGCAACAACAACAACAACCGUUUCCUCAGCAACAACAAACACAAUCACAGCCUCAGGAACAGAAUAUGCAACAACAACAACACCAACAUCAACCACCCUCUGUCAACUUCAAUCGCCAGUAUUCUGAAGAAGAAAAACUCUACAUGUACCAGCAACAACGGAUGCUACAAUUUAUGCUCUUCCAGCAACAACAACAACAACAACUGCAGCAGCAAGAACAACAACUCUACCAGCAAGAUCCAAAUGGACCUGGAUUCAAUUCUUUUGGCCACCCGACCCCUUUUAUCCAUCAGAGUGAGAACUGGGAUUUAGAAAUCCAUGGAGAGACAGGUUCUGGCAUGCAAAAUCACACUACUGUCCAGUCAGCUAAUGCAAGCUCUUUCACUGGUAGCGUGAACGACCUGGGAUCUGAUGACGAGGCUGAAAGAGAUCUUAGACGAGAACGAGACGUGUUUGAUCUUGUCGAUUAG